AUGGACGCUUUAGAUUGUGACGUCAUUGAUAUGUUUCGAAUCCUAGCAGUGUUGAUGUUAUGUUUACAUGUAGCCUUUGUGACUGUAGUUCUCAUCCGGCAUCAGGCAUUUGAAGUCUGUAUUUCUGACUUCUCCUCUCGGGGAAACAUCGACACCCUCUUGGGUUCCUUGGCCAACGGAAUAAAAGUAUGUACUGUCGGCAUGGUCCGUCCCAUGGAUCUGUUUAAUGAGAGCGUGUGUCAACAAAUCCAGAUCCGAGACGUCCACCCUUCUUGCCACCUAAACAGAGCGCUGGAAUCUCCCUACAGGAUACUACUGGGUGGAGUGACAGUUUUAGCCUUCAUCUCUCUGUGUUGUUACCAUCUCAUUUCUCACGGAUUAUUAAUCAACGCUCUAACAAUUUUGGAACUGUAAACAUGUAUAAUUAAUGGCGCAACCAAACUCGGAAUGUUUUCUCCUUUUCAUCAGGACCCGUGAACCGGAUUAUUUUCAAAACAGUUUUUAUCAUUACAUUUUUUACUAAAAACAGAACAAGUCCGAAGAAAGUAGGAAGAAACAGGCUCUCCACUGGGUUUUUUUUUCCUAUAAUAAAAUUAAAGAAGAACAAAUCGAAUCGCUGUCUUGAUAUGGUUUCAUUUUAUAUGAAUUAUAAUUGAGCUACAAUUUCACUAUUCGUCUAUUGGUGUGAGUAUCGAAACAGGGGAGUAACUCAGUGGUCUACAUCUGGACAGCGUCAAAACAUCGAAAAUUCCCGGAAUAACCACCAGGACUCUGGACAAAUAUAAGUCAAAAAAUCGAAAAUAUUAAUAACAGGAAUAAUCUCCAAGAAAGAUAUACGGCAAAAAUGUUUUUCCUUCAUAUUCAGUCGGAAAUUUCUCACAGAGUGUACGUUACGAGAUAUCUUUCCCAGAAGAAAAAUUAAACUUCUUUUAUUUAGAUAUACAGUUGAAUAUUAAUGUUAAUAAUUUAUUAAAAAAUAGAAAAACGA